AUGGCUGGAUUGGACGCUGACACAGUAUUGACACCGUUCAUCAAGUCCCUUCUGCUGGACCCCCCAAACCUCAAGCCAGACGACCUUUCGCUCGUGAUUAAACUUAUUGUCCAAGGUGUGCCGUCAGAUGUCCAAAUCGCUAGUUUCCUAACUGCUUUGAGAUUGAGGAACUUGGAUCAUAAGCCUGAAUUCAUCGCUGCUGCUGCAUCAAGGGUCCUAGAAUAUUCAGAUAUCGUAAACCCAUUGGACGUUGAUCCUCAAGGAUAUGUUGAUAUCGUUGGUACUGGAGGUGAUGGUCAAAAUACAUUUAAUGUUUCUACAAGUUCAGCUAUAGUGGCUGCUGGUAUAGGGAUUGAUGUUUGUAAACAUGGUGGGAAAGCAUCUACAUCAUCCUCAGGUGCUGGUGAUUUACUAUCUUCGUUAGGAAUAGAUCUAUCAAAAGUUACCUCUACAACAGCUUCAAGAAUUUUACAAAAAUCAAAAUUUGUAUUUUUAUUUGCCCCAAAUUUCCAUAGUGCUAUGAAAAAAGUAGCCAGAAUAAGAACAGCUAUUGGUGUUCCAACAAUUUUCAAUAUAUUAGGUCCUUUAUUGAAUCCAAGUCCGUUGAGAGCAAGAAUUAUUGGUGUCUAUUCAGAAUCAUUAGGUCAAGUCUUUGCUGAAGCUGUAUUGAAAUUAGAUAAAGAAAAAUGUAGAAAGGCAAGAUCAAUGAUUGUUUGGGGUCAAAUCGGGCUAGAUGAGAUCAGUCCUAUUGGGAAAACUAAAAUCUGGAUUGUUGAUCCAGAAACUGAAAUAAUUGAUGUUCAAUAUAUUGAACCAAAAGAUUUUGAAUUAAAUGAACACUCAAUUCAAUCCGUUGCAUCAGGUACACCUGCUGAAAAUGCUCAAUUAUUACUUAGAAUUUUGAAUAAUGAGUUUGAAGAAGGUGAUCCUGUGUUUGAUUACAUAGUGAUGAACACUGCUGCAUUGGCUGUUGUUAGUGGUGCUGCUAAAGAUUGGAAAGAAGGCAAACAACUGGCAAUUGAAUCGAUACAAUCAGGUGCUGCGUUGGCCGCUCUAAACUCAUUCAAAGCUGCCAUUGACGAAGUCGAAAGUAUUCAGCUUGACUAA